AUUCGUAUGAUCCGUACUGCACAAUUCAUAGUACCAAACCUAGACCCCAGUUGCGCUGCUAUAUUUAUAACUAUUAUAACUGCAGUGUUAUAAAUUUUACAUGAAAAUGUUUAUUCGAUUUCUCUGAUGUGUCACUAAAUAAUAUAAUAUUUUAUAAGAAAGUGUUACUAAAAUAGUAUUAUUUCAGAGUGUACUUUUGUGUAAAGUAUCAAAAAUACAUAAUAUAUACUAUCUAACAUGGAUGUGUUACAGCUAAGAAAUUUCAAAGACUUUCUUCUGCUCUACAAUCAAAUAUCCGAGACAUGUUUCAAAAAAUGUGCCAAUACUUUUCUUUCUCGAGAAAUCAACUUGGAUGAAGAUUCUUGUGUAAAUAAUUGUGCACAGAAAUUUAUUCACGCCAACCAUAAAAUAAUGGAGAUAUUUGUGGAAGUACAACCUGUAAUGCUGCGUAAAAGGACAGAGGAAUUGAAUGCAGCUCAAACAACAUUAGAAGCAGAAAAUCAACAAGUGGAAUCAAGCAUGCAAUAACACUUGUAAUUAUAUAUCAAAUCUCUAGGAUUUUUUAAUUAAUUUCAUUUUAUGAACAAUGUAAAAA